AUAAUAACCCUGUUGACCUGGGAGGAAGUUUCUAGAAGAGGUUCGUAGUCAAUAGCUUCCUUUAUCUGGUGUGUUGUUGUGUCUGUGGGGGUUCACACUGCCGCAGGCGAGAAAGGAGACGGCAGCUCCUGUGAGUGUUAAGGACGGCCCACAGGGCAGGGCUUUCCUGCUUCCUUAUAUGGAGGCGGGCUGGUCACAUGGUCGAGCCGGUGUCAAAGAGAUAGGAGCACAACUGAGAACUUCGAACCACUACUCAAACAAGCCAGCGCAGAGGUGGAGAGGCAGAGGGUGAGACAGACAGAUAAGGAGAAAGACAGACGCCUCACAUGGUGAGAAAAUGCCCACCAACUUCACCGUGGUCCCUGUGGAUGAUGGCAGAAAGUCCUCUCAGGAAGACUCGGAUGACAACAAUGUCCUGAAGGAGGAGGAUGAAGAAACCAUAGGAGAUGGAAACCCAAGGGAAAGCAGCCCGUUCAUUAAUAACACAGAUGAUAAGGGAACUCUAUAUGAUGGGAAAAACAUGGCACUUUUUGAGGAGGAGAUGGACAGCAAUCCCAUGGUGUCUUCGCUGCUCAGCAAACUGGCCAACUACACGAACCUCACGCAGGGCGUCAGGGAACACGAGGAGGCCGAUGAGGAUGAAGGUGCCAAGAAACAAACAGUCAAGAGUCCACAGAUGGGGACGUUUAUCGGGGUCUACCUGCCCUGCCUGCAGAACAUCCUGGGAGUGAUUCUCUUCCUGCGAAUGACGUGGAUCGUGGGAACGGCGGGAAUCCUGGAGUCCUUCAUCAUUGUGUUCAUGUGCUGCUCGUGUACAAUGUUGACAGCCAUAUCAAUGAGUGCCAUUGCUACAAACGGUGUUGUUCCAGCCGGAGGCUCAUACUACAUGAUCUCUCGCUCUCUGGGCCCGGAGUUCGGAGGCGCUGUGGGUCUGUGUUUCUAUCUGGGCACAACGUUCGCCGGCGCCAUGUACAUCCUCGGGACUAUCGAGAUCCUCUUGACGUACAUAGUGCCCAGCGCUGCCAUCUUUAAGGCGGAGGAGAAGGCGCAGGAGGCGGACGCUCUGCUGAAUAACAUGCGUGUUUAUGGGACGUGCUGUCUGACGCUCAUGUCUCUCGUGGUGUUCGUCGGUGUGAAGUACGUCAAUAAGCUCGCGCUGGUCUUCCUGGCCUGUGUGGUGCUGUCCAUUCUGGCCAUCUAUGCCGGGGUCAUCAAAACCAUCUUUGAACCUCCCGUUUUUCCGGUCUGUUUGUUGGGCAACCGCACCCUACAGAACCACGGCUUUGACAAGUGCAUGAAGACAGAAAUAAUAGACAACGUGACUGUGACCACGAAGCUUUGGUCUCUGUUCUGUCAAGGGCCGGAGCUCAACGCCAGCUGCAAUGAAUACUUCACCCUCAAUAAUGUCACCGAGAUCCAGGGCAUUCCCGGCCUCACCAGCGGAGUCAUUUCAGAGAACAUGUGGGGAAGCUACGGUCCGGCUGGCAUGCUGGUGGAGAAAGCCGUGCCGUCAGUGCCAGCGAGCGCCUCGCCUCAGGACCAAUACAUGCCGUAUGUGGUCAAUGAUAUCACCGCCUUCUUCACGCUGCUGGUGGGAAUCUACUUCCCCUCCGUCACAGGUAUCAUGGCUGGAUCCAACAGAUCCGGGGAUCUGAGAGAUGCUCAGAGGUCCAUUCCCAUCGGCACCAUCCUCGCCAUCGCAACCACCACCGUCAUCUAUCUGUCCUGUGUGGUGUUGUUUGGCGCCUGCAUCGAGGGUGUGCUGCUCCGAGACAAGUUUGGAGACUCUGUUAAAGGUAAUUUAGUUAUUGGCACAUUGUCCUGGCCCUCACCCUGGGUGAUCGUGAUUGGCUCGUUCUUCUCCUGCUGUGGGGCGGGGCUUCAGAGUCUCACCGGCGCCCCCCGGUUACUGCAGGCCAUUGCGCGGGACGGGAUCGUACCCUUCCUCGAGGUGUUUGGUCAUGGAAAAGCCAAUGGAGAGCCGACGUGGGCUCUUCUGCUGACGGCUCUGAUCUGUGAAAGCGGGAUUCUCAUCGCUUCUCUGGACGCUGUGGCUCCAAUCCUUUCCAUGUUCUUUCUCAUGUGUUAUCUGUUCGUGAAUCUGGCCUGUGCUCUACAGACGCUGCUGAGGACGCCCAACUGGAGACCACGAUUCAAAUUCUACCACUGGGCUCUUUCGUUUCUCGGGAUGAGUUUGUGUCUGGCUCUGAUGUUCAUUUCCUCCUGGUACUACGCCCUGGUGGCCAUGCUCAUCGCUGGAUGCAUCUACAAAUACAUCGAGUACCGCGGGGCUGAGAAGGAGUGGGGCGAUGGGAUCCGCGGUCUGUCGCUCAACGCGGCGCGAUACGCUCUCAUUCGAUUGGAGGAGGCACCGCCGCACACCAAAAACUGGAGGCCUCAGCUGCUGGUGCUGCUCAAUCUGGACUCUGAGCUGUCUGUGAAACACCCUCGUCUCCUGUCCUUCACCACGCAGCUGAAAGCGGGCAAAGGUCUGACCAUCGUGGGCUCAGUACUGGAGGGAACCUACCUCACCAGAGACACCGACGCCAAGAGAGCAGAGCAGAACAUCAAAUCAGCCAUGGCCGCAGAGAAGACGAAGGGUUUCUGCCAUGUUGUGGUGUCGUCAAACCUGCGCGACGGCUUCUCUCACCUCAUCCAGUCAGCCGGACUCGGAGGAAUGAAGCACAACUCUGUUCUGAUGGCUUGGCCCGCCAAAUGGAAACAGUCCAAUGACCCGCAGUCCUGGAGGAACUUCAUAGAAACCGUCCAAGAAACCACUGCCGCCCAUCAGGCCCUGCUGGUGGCCAAGAACGUGGACAGUUUCCCUCAUCAGGAGCGUCUCGGGGAAGGAACCAUCGACGUGUGGUGGAUCGUUCAUGACGGAGGCAUGUUGAUGCUCCUGCCGUUCUUACUGCAGCAGCACAAGGUGUGGAGGAAGUGCAAGAUGCGCAUUUUCACCGUGGCUCAGUUGGAUGACAACAGCAUCCAGAUGAAGAAAGACCUCCAGAUGUUCCUCUACCACCUCCGUCUGAAUGCUGAGGUGGAGGUCGUGGAAAUGCAUGACAGUGACAUCUCAGCGUUCACCUAUGAGAAGACGCUGGUGAUGGAGCAGCGCUCACAGAUGCUGAAGCAGAUGCAGCUGUCGAGGACGGAGCGCGAGCGAGAGAUUCAAAGCAUCACGGAUGAGUCGCGUAGCUCCAUUCGGAGGAAGAACCAGAGCGGCGCUCACGGCUCGGCCGUCAAUAACCAGAACGCACGACUAGAUGACGAUAAACAAGACGAGGCUCAGCUGAUCCACGACAGAAACACAGCGUCUCACGCGGCACUAAACGACAAGGCCGAUGUGUCGCCGGAGCGAGUCCACAUGACCUGGACCAAAGACAAGUUCUGCACCGAACGCAACCGCAACCGAGAGCCCUACUCAAACAUGGCGGUGCGGGAUCUGUUCAACAUGAAACCCGAAUGGGAGAGUCUGAAUCAGUCUAAUGUGCGCUGCAUGCACACGGCCGUCAAACUCAAUGAAGUGGUGGUCAAUAAGUCUCAGGGAGCUCAUCUGGUGCUCCUCAACAUGCCCGGACCACCCAAGAACAGAGGCGGCGAUGAAAACUAUAUGGAGUUUCUGGAGGUUUUGAUGGAGGGUCUCAACCGGGUCCUGUUGGUGCGUGGCGGCGGUCGUGAAGUCAUCACCAUAUACUCAUAAAGCGGAUUGUAGCCCGACGCCCCGCAGGCAGGAAUUCAGUUUUUAUUUUUCCCACAGCAAAGCCGGACAUCAUGGAGAAAGCUAGCGGUCGGGGUUUCCAGCGGCAUUACGUCCGGCUGCGUUCAGUACAGGACAGUGACUUUUGCGGCCCUCCUGAAGAGAGACAACGUGAAGAAACCGAGACGAACGAUGAUUCAAUUCGUAACGCGACACUUUAAUUUAUGACUCUUUUAUUGUUUUCUUUUGUUUGUUCGUACUAUCUGUGCUAGUUUUUAUGUUUGUUUAUUGUGCAACAUCGUUUGGUUUUUCAAGAGGAUGAAGACUUUUUGAAGCGCGUACAAUCCAAAGGCUUAAAGCAGGUGCGUUUUAUAAAAGUAAAAUUUGAGUUUGUUGCUAAUGCCUGUUUAAUAUCGAUUCAUUCGUCUCCAUCCUGCAUUGCUUUUUAUUUGCGUAUGCUCGCUACGAUUCAAACUGUCGCUUGAUACCCAAAAUAACAUCUACUUUUAACGAACCAGGCUGCGGAACGAGUGUAUUCUUGUCGCGAAUCCAUAUCUGAGUUACGAAAACGCACUUUUACUGUUAUCAUUGUUUGAGUUUUUCACGUCGGCUAAUUUUAACAAUAAUGCAGCGCGGAUGAUGAAUGUGUGGGAUGACGUUACUGACUUCAUGAUACGGAUUGUGCAAUAACUUUUAUUCAUUAUCAAGUCAUCACUAGCCGAGCGUGACGUCCACUUAUCGAGGGUUUUGUAUUAUAAAAGUUGAAAUGUUUAACGCGAACAGCGUAUAAGGAGAAAAGCCAUAAUGUUUGGUCUCGUCAUUUGGCUCCAUCUCGGCAUGAAUCACUGAAAUCAGUUUAAUCUGGAUGAUUUCAGCUGUAUUUGCACUUUUUUUUAUUCAUUUUUUUUUCCGUUAAUUAUGUGAUAAAAGCACAGGGCACGGCUGACCUGUCCAGCACAGCGUUUGCUGAUGAUCAGAACCAGCACUGCGAAAUCUCCUACUCUCAGCAAUAAAUGUGUUUUCCCUUGAGCUGGAAUGAAAUUUAGUCUCUGUCUUGACAUUCAUGAUGUUAUUGUGUUGCACAUGGAGAAUCCUUAAUUAACCGGCAUUACUAGUAGAGUAAUGUGUAAAACCGUCUAGUUAACAAAAGCAAUCUAUUAGGAUUGAAGCCGAGGUGUGUUAUUCCUAGUGGCACCAAAUGGAACUGCAUUUUGUUUGUUUGUUUGUGUGAAGAGAGCUGGACAUUUGCUCAACCAAUGGAGUGAAUUUGGGGGCGGAGCUAUUAGUUUCUGACCAAUAGCAGAUUGGUGGAGUGUUUAAUAUUUGUUUGAAAAACCUUAUUAUAUUUAGAAAUUACACACUUCACUUUAAACAGGUUUAGGAAUGAUUGUGUUUAGAUUUAGACAAUCAGAAAGCAAUUUUAGAAAGAUUUACAACAUUUUAUUUUUGUUGCUCUUUUUUUUUUUUUUUUUAUGCACCGUGUUCUUACAGGGCAAUAAAGCAACAAGCAGCAAGUCUUAUCCGUCAAUCUCAGCUGUGACACGCCUGAUUGGUCCAGAAUCACUGCAUAUUAAACAGCUGAAGUAUUCUGAUUGGCUGUGACUUUUGUCUGUUUUCUGCAUUUAUUCAGCUUGUUUAGGACACGGUGUCACGUGUAACAUACACUGCCGUUCAAAAGAUUUAUUUAUUUUUUUAAAAGAAAUAUACUUUUAUUCAGCAAGGACACAUUAAAUUGAACAAAAGUGACAGUAAAGACAUUUUAUAAUUUUACAAAAUAGUUAUAUUUCAAAUGAAUGCUGUUCUUUUAAACUUUCCAUUCACCAAAGAAUCCUGAGAAAAAAAAAAAAAAAAGUCAUGGUUUCCACAAAAAUAUGAACUGUUUUCAACAUUGAUAAUAAUCAUAAAUGUUUCUUGAGCAGCAAAUCGACAUAUUAGAAUGAUUUCUGAAGGAUCAUGUGACACUGAAGACUGGAAUAAUGAUGCUGAAAAUUACAUUUUAACACAUAUUCUCAAAGAAAACAGUUAUUUUAAAUUCUAAUAAUAUUUCAAUUUUUUACUGUAUUUUUGAUCAAAUAAAUGCAGCCUUGAUGAGCAGAAGAGACUUCAAGAAAUCUUACCGACCCCGAACUUUUGAACGAUAGCAUCUGAUUCAGAAUUAUAGGAAGAUGUGUGCCAAAAAUAAAUGAUAAGAAACUGCAGAAGGUCAAACAGCAUCAGCUGCUGCUCCUUCAGUGGGUUUGUUUGCAUCAGAGUUUGAGAUGUUGAAGGUCCGUCUCGGAGUUUAUACCCGGCAGUUUCUUUGAAACCCGUUAGCGGUGCAGUAUUUUGUUACCAGGACAUUACUACUGUAUUUUCUACAGUGUGUCGUGACGUAGAGGAGGCAGACGGAUGUGCUUAGAUCAUCUUAUCUUAUGUUCUCUGAGGGUGUCGUUUCUGCACUGCUCAGCUGUGGUGAAUGUUUCCCUUUAGGACAAAUUGUGAAUAUUAGGGCAUGGAAAAUCUGGGGAUAUUGUGUUUUUUUUUUUUUUUUAAAUGUGUUUAUUUUAUUUUAUGUGGUCAUUUCUGUCAUUCAUUCUACAUGCCAUAGUUUUCUGUCUUUGUAAAUUGGAAACUUUGAGGAGUUGUUGUUUUUUUAAAGGAGCUGAAGGUUAUUGAACUGAUUCAACAUACAUGUGUACAGUUACAGAUUCCCCUUUCUUUGUUCUUUCAUUCACCGAAGAUACACUGAGGUGUUUGUGUCAUCUGUGACCUCACUGAAAGAUAUGGUGAUUAAAAUGUAAAUUUCAGAAUAAAACAAAGUAGAGGAUGAUGAUGAUGAUGAAGGCUAUUGGAAUUUCCUCAUGUAGUGUGUUUAAUCGUAGACAGAACCACUCGGAAACUCUGUGGAUUUAAAUAGAAUUCUAAUUCUGCAUAGAUUUCAAAAUUCUAUGCAAAUUUUUGGCACAAUUUAUUGCAAUAUCUUUAGAAUAUAUAACCAGUGGGGUUCAAAACUCUUGAGAUCAUAGGAAAAUACAGCUGUUUUUAAAAUGCAUUUAAAAUGAUUUCAUGUUUAUACUCACACACACACACACAUAUAUAUAUAUAUAUAUAUAUAUAUAUAUGAAAUAAUAUUAUAACAUAACAUUUUCUGUUACUUUUUAAAACUCUAAAACUGUUUAUUUGCAGGUUUACAUUAGAUUUUGGAAAUGGCAGAUUCUCAGAUUUGUGUAUGCCAUAUAUUGAUGGAUACUGAGUAUUUUCAGUUUCAUUUAACACAUUUUACCAUGUUUCAUGUUUUUACUCGUGUGUAAAUCCAUGUUUUCUUCAAAAUGAGCACAGAAAUGUGAACAGGCUGUAUGUUCUGUCUGUAGGUCACUCAAUGUCAUCUACCUCACAGUGAGUGAUGGUUUUACUCGUGUCCAGUGUUGUACGAUGGGUCAUGUUUGUUUUUUUUUGUUUGUUUUUGUUUAAAUAAGAAUCAUCUGUCAUUUCAGAAUCCUGUCUGUUUGAAAGAAGACCACAUGAGUGUGCGUGUGCGUGUGCGUGUGUGUGUGUGUGUGUGUGUGUGUGUGUGUGUGUGUCAGGUGAGGCUGCUCUCAGGUCAUGAACUAAUCUGAGAUCUGCGUCAUGAGAAGCUCUCGGCGAGCGAGCGUCACAGACUCUGGUAGGAUGUUACUCGUGGGUGUGUAGUGAAGGAUCUCCCUUUAAGUGAAAUUCGUGCCUCUGAGUAAUAUGAAAUAAAAGUGCUACACUAUG